AUGCUGUCACGAACUGCGGUGCCGGGCAAGGCGUCGGCGAAGGCCAUUUCGAGCGCAGCGACCGCCGCAACCCAGCAAUGUCGCUCCUUCGCUUCCGUUCAGGAUGCCGGUGCCGCACCGAAGCGCACCUACGGCGGCCUGCGGGAUCAGGACCGCAUCUUCCAGAAUCUCUACGGCCGCUAUCCGCCCGACCUGAAGCAUGCGAAGAAGAUGGGUGACUGGCACAAGACCAAGGAAAUCCUCCUCAAGGGCCACGACUGGAUUAUCGGCGAGAUCAAGACCUCGGGCCUGCGGGGGCGUGGUGGUGCUGGGUUUCCCUCCGGGUUGAAAUGGUCAUUCAUGAACUUCAAGGAUUGGGACAAGGACAACAAGCCACGGUAUCUGGUGGUCAAUGCUGAUGAGGGAGAGCCGGGGACGUGCAAGGACCGCGAGAUUAUGCGCAAAGACCCCCACAAGCUCGUCGAGGGCUGCCUGGUUGCCGGACGCGCCAUGAACGCCACAGCUGCUUACAUUUACAUUCGCGGCGAGUUCAUCCAGGAGGCCGCCGUCCUCCAGAACGCCAUCAACGAGGCCUACGCCGAGGGUCUGAUCGGCAAGAAUGCUUGCGGCUCCGGCUACGACUUUGACGUCUAUAUCCACCGCGGCGGCGGUGCCUACGUCUGCGGUGAGGAAACCAGCUUGAUCGAGUCGCUCGAAGGCAAGCCAGGCAAGCCUCGUCUUAAGCCCCCUUUCCCGGCCGCAGUUGGGUUAUUCGGCUGCCCGUCGACUGUCGCCAACGUCGAGACGGUCGCUGUGGCCCCCACCAUCUGCCGCCGCGGUGGGAGCUGGUUCGCGAGCUUCGGCCGCGAACGAAACCAAGGAACCAAGCUGUUUUGCAUCAGCGGGCAUGUCAACAACCCGUGCACAGUCGAGGAGGAGAUGAGCAUCCCGAUGCGGGAGCUGAUCGAGAAGCACUGCGGCGGCGUGCGCGGCGGCUGGGACAACCUGCUCGCUGUCAUCCCGGGCGGCUCGUCAACGCCAAUCCUGCCCAAGUCCAUCUGCGACGAUCAGCUGAUGGACUUUGACGCGCUCAAGGACAGCCAAUCAGGUCUUGGCACGGCGGCCGUCAUUGUCAUGGACAAGAGCACCGACGUGGUGCGCGCAAUCUCACGUCUGAGCCACUUCUACAGGCACGAAAGCUGUGGGCAGUGCACCCCGUGCCGCGAAGGCAGCAAGUGGACCGAGCAGAUGAUGCAGCGGUUUGAGAAGGGCAUGGGCCGCCCGCGCGAGAUUGACAUGCUUCAGGAGCUGACGAAGCAGGUCGAGGGCCACACGAUUUGCGCCCUCGGCGAAGCGUUCGCCUGGCCCAUCCAGGGCCUGAUCCGCCACUUCCGGCCCGAGCUGGAGGCGCGCAUGCAGAAGUUUGCCGAGGAGUCGGGCGGUCAGGCGCUCGCUGGUGGCUGGGAACACAACGCAAGAGAGCAGGGCAAGCUCACUUCUCCUGGCAUGUAA